AAUAUCUCCUAUGGAUCCUACCGUUGGCAUUGUAUCUAUCCAUCGUGCUCGGGGACCUGUGACCAAAGAUGUCCUCAACUCGGGCAUGGAGCAACUAGUUGAUGCCCUGGUGGUGGACCCGUUCGUUCAACAGCGUUGGAACAAAGUCGAACUCGUUGUGCAGACCCCUGAUCUCAUUGAACACUUCGAGAACCUCGGUUUGGACCCCCCGCUCCCCAUCGCCAUUCUGCUAGUCGAAUGCAGGUCUGUGGAUGAGUACGUCCAGGCCCGUCGUUUUUCCUAUAAAUGCCGCCCCGUACGACACUCACGAGGCGCCCUCAUCGCCCAGGUUCUCACCCAUUCGAGCCUGGACCCGAUAUUUUCACAGGCAGAGACGCAGUUCGGAUUCAAAUCGAACGGAUCGGCGUUUUCGGCCGACGUCGCCAUUCGCCUCCACCGCCCCGCGUCCGAAGACGGGAAACCGCAUUCGACGGCGAUGGCGCUGAUGAAGGUCCCACAGGAUUUGCACCCGCAAGAACACCACGACGCGCUGGGCCCUCGGUUCGAAGAAUGGGUCACCAUGCCCCAGCAGGAGGAGUAUCUGCGCAAGCAUGCCGUAUGGUCCCCGAAUGAUGAUCUCGAUGCCCGCCUUGGAGAAAUUGGCUUCCCGUCCCGCGAACAUCUAUUGAUCGUGGAAAUCCAGGGCGAAAUCAUCGAGCAUCCGAGCUUCGACGAUGCAUUCCAAGGCCAUACCGAAUGGGGGAAUCUCUGGGGCGGUGCUUUCAAGCAGAGCGAAUGCUUCUCAUAUGAUAUCCAGGCUGGUCUCGAUGCGUUGUUCCAUACGAAGAAACGAAUCAGUCGAAUACACUACAAACGCAUCCUUAUCAGCACCCAAGCCAGCAACCACAGAUUGCGCACAUGCAUCACGCUGAGGAAGUCCAGAAGACGGCUUAACAUCGGUCGAACCGCACAAACGUUUGUGUGCAUCUGUGUGCGCAUCAGCACAGCCAUAUCUCGUUAUCGCCUCGAUCACACACAUCUUUUUCGCUUGCCCUCCCGUCUCCUUGCGCACCACUACCCCACCCGCCAGCUGAACCUUAUACAACCAAACGAGAUGCCCGAUGUCAAGGAGAAAGUCUGUCUGAUUGUGCACGAUGGCUGGGGUGUCGCUACUGUCCCGGGGCUCGACGGCAACGCCAUCGAGGCGGGCACCACGACGAACAUGGACACGAUCGGGAAGGAGAACAGCCUGCGUCUGCUCGCGGCGCACGGGACGGCCGUCGGGCUCAAUGAUGGGCUCAUGGGCAACUCCGAAGUCGGACACCUGAAUAUUGGCGCUGGACGCAUCGUGUACCAGGACAUCGUGAAGAUCGACGUGUCGAUCAAGAAGAGGCAGUUCCACAAGAACGCGACGAUCCUCGAGAGCUUCAAGCACGCCAAGGACGGGAAUGGGCGGCUGCACCUGAUCGGGCUGCUCUCUGACGGUGGUGUGCACUCGCACAACUCGCAUCUGUACGCACUGCUCGAAACCGCGAAGGAGCAGGGUGUGCCUUCGACCUACAUCCACUGCAUCGGUGACGGACGUGACACCGCCCCGCGAUCUGCACCUGGAUACGUCGAAGCCCUGGCGGAAGUUACGAAGAAGCUUGAGUACGGCGAGAUCGCGACAUAUGUGGGACGAUACUACGCGAUGGACCGCGACAAGCGCUGGGAGCGUGUCAAGAUUGCUGUCGAUGGUCUCGUUGGAGGUGUCGGCGAGGAGGGUACAGACCUCGUCAAGGCCAUCAAGUCCAACUAUGAGAAGGACGUGACUGACGAGUUCAUGAAGCCCAUCAUUGUGAACGGCGAGGCGGGUCGUAUCAAGGACGGCGAUACGAUUUUCUUCUUCAACUACCGGUCAGAUCGCAUGCGUGAAAUCGCGUCGGUCUUCGGGCUGCCGGACAAGCCGAUGGAGGUGACGAUCCCCAAGGACCUGCACAUCACCACCAUGUCACGGUACAACUCGGAGUUCCCCUUCCCCGUCGCUUUCCCUCCCCAAGCUAUGACGAACGUCCUUGCCGAGUGGCUUGGAAAGCAGGGCACGAAGCAGGCGCACAUCGCCGAGACCGAGAAGUACGCACACGUCACCUUCUUCUUUAAUGGUGGUGUCGAGGCGCAGUACGAGAACGAGGAACGUCAUAUGGUUGCGUCACCCAAGGUCGCGACGUACGACUUGAAGCCGGAGAUGAGCGUGCAGGAUGUCGCGGACAAGGUCGCCGAGGUCGUCGAGUCCAACGUACACGACUUUGUCAUGUGCAACUUUGCGCCGCCGGACAUGGUGGGACACACGGGUGUCUACGAUGCUGCCGUGAAGGCGAUCACGGCCACGGAUGCUGCGGUGGGCACCGUCUUCGCUGCCUGUCAGCGCGCCGGCUACACCCUCCUCGUCACCGCCGAUCACGGCAACGCCGAGCAGAUGAAGAACCUUGAGACCGGCGCACCGCACACCGCACACACGUGCAACCCCGUCCCAUUCAUCCUCGCUGCGCCUGCCGAGCGGAAGACCAAGUACGCGCUCCAGGGCGAUGAAGAGGGCUCCGACGAGGAGCCGGGUGCACUGUGUGAUGUGGCACCGACGAUCCUCGAUCUUAUGGGCCUUCCCCAGCCGGAGGACAUGACCGGGCGCUCGCUACUCGUUCGCAACUGAAUGCCUUGAGAAAACCGCGACUUAGAGACCGGAGAUCACCACCGGAAGAAACGAAAUGUACUUACUACUGGCCAUGUACUAGAGAGAUCUGCUAUACAGAUGAUGGAGCCCGAG